UGGAAGUCUGUCUGUUGUAUAUAUCACAAAGUAUCUUCAUUCCUACAAUACUUCAUCCAAAGAUACAUGCAUAUGUAAACUCCCUAAUUCAUCUACUAAAAUUUAAUACUGAAAGAUCUCAUAAAUGAUGGAAGAACAAACAACAGAAGUAGGUUCAAUCGCAACCCCACACAGACCAGAAUCAGAUGCUGCAUUAGAAAGAACUUCAUUGACAGAAUCUACAUUAGACAGAUCUUUACCUACACCACAAAGACUAGAGGGUGAUGGUUCACCAAGACCAAGUAGUUUAGAUGAAGGCAGAAGAGAAGAAUCAUCUCAAAGGUCACGACCUUUCUCCAUACAGUUUGAAAUUGAUGUUGUCCAGUUAUUGUUGUUUAUUUUAUCAGUAGCCACUAGGCUUUGGAGACUAGGAUUUCCUAGGGCUGUAGUAUUUGAUGAAUUACACUUUGCAAAAUAUGCUUCAUUAUACCUACAGAGAAUUUUCUUCUUUGAUUCACAUCCUCCAUUAGGAAAAAUGCUCCUUGCUUUAGCAGGUGGUUACAGUGGUUUUGAAGGUGACAUAAACUUUGACAGAAUUGGUGCAGAGUUUUCACCACAGUUCCCAGUUUACCAGCUGAGAUUACCACCAGCAUUGAUGGGUAGUUUAGUGGUACCUAUAAUAUAUCAAAUCUGUGUGGAACUGAAAAUGUCAAGAUGGUCUGCAUUGUUAGCAGGAAUAUUUGUUUUAUUAGACAAUGCAUUAUUAGUGCAGUCAAGAUUUAUGUUGAUGGAAGGAAUGUUGUUAUUUUUCAUGUGUCUUUCAAUUUACAGUUUUCUCAAGUUCAGGAGUUUGACACACAGAGAAUUUUCAGUGCCAUGGUUUUUCUGGUUAUUUUUGACAGGGAUUUCAUACACCUGCACACUAAGUGUGAAGUAUGUAGGAUUUUUUACAGCGUUUGUAAUAUUAUUGUUAUGUGCCAAAGAUUUCUGGUUUAUGCUGGCUGAUAAUUACAGAUCUGAUUUUAAUUUGAUAAAGCACCUUUUUGCAAGACUGACCUUCCUGAUUGGAGUUCCAGUUACUUUCUAUAUUCUCAUGUUUUAUAUUCAUUUGAGUAUCUUGAUCAAAGCUGGACCUCAUGACAAUAUAAUGACCAGUGCCUUUCAAGCUAGUUUAGAGGGUGGAUUAGCAGCUUUAACAAAAGGACAGCCAUUACAUGUAUCCUUUGGAUCUCAGAUCACCUUACGUCCAACUUACCAUGCAGGAGGAAAGCCGUGCUGGUUACAUUCCCAUGCCCAUGUUUAUCCGUUACGUUACUCCGAUGGACGUGGUAGUAGUCACCAACAACAGGUCACAUGUUAUGUAUUUAAGGACAUCAAUAACUGGUGGAUAGUUAAACAUCCUGACAGUGAUUCCAUGGUGGUAGAUGACCCCCCAAAACCUAUACAACAUGGAGAUGUGAUACAAUUGGUUCAUGGUAUAACAAGCAGAGCUCUCAAUAGCCAUGAUGUGGCAGCCCCUAUUACACCACAGAACCAAGAAGUAACUUGUUACAUAGAUUAUAAUGUUACUAUGCCAGCACAGAAUUUAUGGAGAGUGGAAGUAUUAAACCGUGAUACUGAUGGCAAUAAAUGGCAGACAAUUAAAAGUCAUAUUAGACUGGUCCAUGUUAACACUUCACAGGCACUAAAGAGUACUGGUAAGCAACUACCUGAAUGGGGAUUUCAUCAGCUGGAAAUAUCAACAGAUAGAAUCACCAAUCAGGAAGCUACAGUGUGGAAUGUGGAAGAACAUAGAUUUACAAAAAGUGUUGAGAAGGAACAACAGGCUCGAGAGAUAGCACAAAGCGAAAUGAUUCCUCUAGAACCAACACAUCUAUCGUUCUGGACCAAGUUUACAGAACUUCAGCUUAAGAUGUUAAUGGGAAAAGCUGAGGAAAUGGAACAUAAAUACAGCACUGAACCAAUAGAGUGGCCAUUUAUGGAUAAAAAUGUGGCUUAUUGGAUGAGCCCUAAUAGUAAUGCACAGAUUCAUUUGCUUGGUAACCCAGUUAUCUGGUACCUAGGGACACUUUCUGUUUUUGGUUACUCAGCAUUGUUAGUAUUUUAUUUACUGAGACGACGAAGAGGUUGGUUUGAUCUAACAGUGGGUGAAUGGAAUCAUUUUGUAUUCAUAGCAGAACUUCUGAUUGGUGGAUAUUUCCUGCAUUAUCUUCCUUUCUUUUUAACUGACAGUACAUUGUUUUUACAUAGUUAUCUCCCCUGUGUGAUCUUUAAGAUCUUAGCAGCAACAGCAUUAAUAGAUCAUCUAUUUGUUGUUUCACAUAGAUUUCCUGUAUUGCCAUCAACAGUUAAAUAUGUGACAAUUGGAAUUAUUUUAUGCACUAUUUAUAGUUUUUAUAAAUUAUCUGUUUUCACGUAUGGAGGAACUGAUUUAACACCUCAGCAAAUUACAGAUUUAAUGUGGAGGGAAUCAUGGGACUUCUUAAUUCAUGUCCGUGUUUAAUUUUUUUUAGUUAAUUGUGAUGUUUUGAUUGUUUUGUUUUUACUCAGGCAAUAUUUACAAUCAUGUCAGUUUUAUCUGAGAAUAAUAUAAAUUCUAUAAUGACUUCCAUACAAUUUGUUGUUUCAGGUUUAAUGGUCCUUUUCAGAAAUUAAAACUAUGUUAUGCCAUAAUUAAUGUCAAAUAGACAUUGCUAAACUAAUGUCACAACUUUUCAAAGUGAUGACUUGACCAAUCAAAAAGAGUGCAAUCCCAUAAUAAAACAUAAUUUCAUGAUUAGUUCAUUUAUAUAUAGAAAAUCUGCCAGUGUGUUGUAUAUAUAUGUAGGCAAAUAUUUGAUUUUGAUUGCA